AAAUUUCCGAAUCAAAUCAUUUUUUUUGGCUGUUGCUUUUGUUGAGCUUCUGGUUAUGGCGGUGGUGAGCAAGAAUCAGACCCAACAACAAACACCAAAUCCUGGGAUUAGGGUUGUUGAACCAAGGAUCGAAGAUUCCACCAUUGGAAAGACUUGUCAUCAGUGUCGACAAAAGAGAACGGAUCUUGUUGGAUCCUGCGUGACUAAGAAGAAAGACAAGACAUGUCCGAUUAAGUUAUGUACUAAGUGCAUAUUGAACAGGUAUGGAGAGAAUGCAGAAGAGGUUGCUUUGAAACAGGAUUGGAUUUGUCCCAAGUGUAGAGGAAACUGCAAUUGUAGCUACUGCAUGAAGAAACGAGGCCAAAAGCCUACCGGGAUAUUAGUACACACUGCUAAAAAGACUGGGUUCUCUUCUGUAUCCGAGCUUCUUAAAACUAGUGGUUCUGACAAAUAUUUUUAUACAAAGAAGGUGAAACCGGAAGGUAGUGUUGUAGCUUUACCACUGAAACUUGACCAGGAGAAUUCUAUUGAACAAAAACAUGUUAGUGUUAAAAAAUCGAGAAAAACUAAACGGGAAGAGCUAAAGGAUUUAAACAAUGGCUGCAGCGAUGAGAAUGCUGUGGUGAAAAAGAGCAGUCCAAAAAAGAUCAAGAUUUCUGAUUCCAAUCAUGUGACAGAAGUUACCAAGAAAGUAUUGGCAGAAGGAAAAAAGAAGAAGACUACUACCAAAGAUAUCAAGGAAAACAACAUAGCGGGUAAGAUCAAGAUUUCUGAUUCUGUUCAUGCGACAGAAGUUACCAAGAAAGUAUUGGCAGAAGGAAAAGAGAAGAAGACUACUGCUAAAGAUAUCAAGGAAAACAACGUAGCGGUUAAGAUCAAAAAAAUUAAACCUGCUCUCAAGAAGAAAGAGGAGGAUCAGGUUGAGGUUAAACUACCUCAGGGUAAUAGCUCAAUUACUGUUUCUGGCAUUGACUUGGCUCCUGAAGAUGCUGGAAAUGUAUUUCAGUUUUUGGAGUUUUGUUCAGCUUUUGGGAAGGCACUUGAUUUGAGGAAAGGACAAGCUGAAUGUGUUAUACGUGAAAUGUUAUCCGGGCGAAGCAAAAGAAGACAACAAUAUUCCACACUUACCCAGAUGAUAAUCCAACUACUUACUGUGAUAUUAGAGGAUAAAGGAGAAACAUCGGUUUGCCUGAGUGCAACUGAUGCUAGUUGGUUCACUACAAUUGGAGAAUGUCUUUCGGAAUCAGAAGUUAAGCUAGAUGAUUUCCCUCCUGAAAUGUUUGAAAAAGGCAUUUCUCAGUAUGAGAAGUUGAAUUCAUCAAAAAGGCUUAAGCUUUUGAAUUUCUUAUGCGAUGAGACGCUUGGCACAUCGGUGAUGAGAAAUUGCAUUGAUAGCCAAAAUAUUGAAUCUGUUGAAAGGAAAAAGGAAGCAAAAGAAAAGAUCAUUGCAGCAAAAGAUAAGGAGAAACAACUAAAGCAGAAAUUGCAAGAUGAGUUGGCUCAAGCCGUAACAGAGAAAAACGGAAUUCCAUUGUUGAUAACAGAACGUGAUGCAAUUGUAUCGCGUAUAACUGCUGAAACUAAAGAAGUUUAUUCUGAAAUGCAAAACGCGAUAGACAUGCUAUCCAAAAAGAGUCAAGGAAGUGAUGAUGCUGUUAGAACCAACCCGGUUGAAUUGGAUGACAAUGGUCUUAUAUUCUGGAGAUUAAAGUCUUACUACAAUGAUGAGCAAAACAUUUUGCUUCAAGAUUUAGGAAGCUGGAAUGAAGUAUGUCUUCAUGAAAAAUGGUUUUCCUUCAGCUCUGAGCAGAAACCAGAGAUAGAGAAAUACAUCUCUUCCAUAAGGAUGAAACGGCUUGGAGCACAAAAGAAUGCAAAUACUAUUAUUACUUAGCUAUGAUGAUUCUCUUUGCCCGCGAGCACAUAAGAACAUGAUUCUGAUAAGCAAAGAGGAAAACGGCUGACUCAAAACUCUUUGACAUGUGAUUUUGAAUCGCAUUGAGUAUUGCUUUAUGAACAACCCAAAAAGCUCUGUUUGUAUGAUAAUGUUCGUUCGGAUUCCCUAAAGUAUGAAACGAUCUUUGAUAGUUUUCAAUCUUGUAAUGUUCGACUGCAUUUUUUUUUUUUGGUCACAACAUAAGCUUAACAAUCAACAAGUGGACAUCAA